AUUGUACAAUGUCAGCUGAUCCUGUUUUACACUAAAUCUGAUGGCAAGGAAACAGCAAAAAAUAAUACUAUUGCCACAAUCUAUAUAUCUAUCACAGUGCUGCAGAGCUCACAGUACCUUGCUAACCCAUCCUUUCAGCUUCGGAAAUUUUACAUUUGGGAAGAUGUCACUUGGGAAAUUGUCACUUGGUAAGUCACCAUUGGAAAAAUACCUUUUUUUAAACUUGAUAUUGUAGCUUAGGUUUUUCAGUCAAGGAAAAGUUUGUAUCUCAUAGUGAAAGAAAUCUAGAUGCUAUAACUUCUCUGAUAACUUUACUAAAAGUCUAAUUUGAGACUAUCUAACUCUGUAUCUAGCCACAACUCAAGGCUCUCUAUUCUCAGCCAAUACCCAGGCUCUGUGUACGUCCGUAUAAAUCGUCGAAUUCUAUUGAACUGCUAUAUUUACAGACAGGUAAGACAGGUAAAUAGAACUGACCAGAAUAGCUGGACAGCAUAAACAUAAACAUAGAUAAAAUAGAUAAUGAAACACAGGUAACAAAGAUAUUGAUAGCGUGAUUACAUCAUUACAGAAUAUACUACAAUAGUCUAAAGUAAAAUUUCAGACUUGCAAUGAUAAAGUAUCGUUUGAUACUUCUUGGAGUAUUAUUACUAAAACUUGGAUCUGUAUUCACUGAUUGUACAGAACAAGAAGAUCAGAAUAGAAGGAAUACUAUCCAAUGGUUUAUCAGGAAAGCUCAAGAUUCAUUUACAUGCCUUGAUGUAUAUCUGGGGAUUGAUAAUUUAAUCAAUUCUGGAAAUCAACAGUUACUCAUAAAUAAUGAAACAGACAACUAUAAAGUUCCAUUAGAUUCUUCAAAGUGUUUAAUUAUUAUUUCGAAUAAGUUAACUGAGGUAGAUGCAGUCUUGAAGCUUGGUUAUUCUCCUUCCCUUGUUAUAAUUCUUCAACAAGAUGUUUCUAACCAUCUAAACCACCUAGAUUUAAGACGCCUGACAAUUUUCUCAAAAUGUUUGUCAACAUUUACAUAUUGGGACCUACAUAAGCAGAAGUUUAGUGGUGUCUGGUCAACAUAUUAUUCAACUGUAGUUUUUGACAAAAGUCAAGAUUUAACUCAUCAAGACUCUUUUUAUAAUCAGAAAAUCAGGGUUGGUUACAAUGAAAUCCCUGUAUUUUUUUCUCUAAUUAAUGAUAACUCAGACAGUCAAACACAGGAAGGACUGUGGCUGAGAACUUUUACAGAUAAGUACAAACUUCAACCCCUCUUUAUAAAUGCAAAUUAUUCCAUGGGAGGAAAAGAUCCUGACACUGGGGAUUGGCUGGGAAUUAUAGGAAUGGUUAGAUAUGAUGAAGUGGAUCUUGCUGUUGGGUCUCUUGGAACAGACCCUGAAAUAAAUGAGUUUCUUUCUCCUUCUCCCCAGCUUGGAGAAAGUUAUGCAAGUUGGGUUACAAGGUAUCCAGGACAAGUGUCACCUGCAUACAAUAUUCUAAAGGUUUUUGACAAAUAUACCUGGACCGGGAUUCUAGUCAGCAUGAUUUUUGCAACCGCUGUUCUACUUUUUUUAUCAAAUUUGAUAAAAAGUCUUGGAUUUGAACAGCCUGAUAAUGUUCUAAUAGCAUUGCUGCCGUUGUCCUUACUGAAUGCAGAGGGCAUGCCAGACUGGUUUCUGUUCAACAACAAGAGAUUGCUCUCUGGAAGUCUUUUGGUUUUAAUUUGGGCUUUAGCUUCAACGCUCCUCACAUUUGCUUUCUCCUGCAAUCUCAUGGCGAUAGUACUUUCACCUGCUACCGGUGUUCCUCUUGAUACAUCAUCUGAAAUUGUUGAAAGAAAAAUGGUUAGUUAA